AGUUGUAAAAUCGUCAUUCUGAAACCCUAAAAACCUGUGAAACAAAAACACACAAAAACACAUGGCGGAAGAAAUAAUCGUGAACGGCGACUCCGCCGCUGACAUCGAAAUAACAACGUCGGAGGAAAAUUCCGACGAAGCCACAAACCAGACUAUACAAAAACUGAUGCAAAAAGUAUCAAUCCUGGAGCAGGAAAAACAAUCACUGGUCAACGAAAGUCAAACUACGGCUGUAAAAAUCAAGCAACUGGAGGAAGCGAUUGAGAGUUCAGAAUCCGAUAAGCGCGCGUUGAGUUCAAUCGCGGCUAGGGCGUCUGAACUUGAAACUGAGGUAUCUAGGUUACAGCAUGAUUUGAUUUCUUCACUUUCUGAUUCACAGGAUAGUAAUAAUGAAUUAACUGAAUUGAAAAAAGUAGUUGAGGAAUUGAGGGAAAGCGAGGCUAAAAAAUCGGAGAGAAUUGAGGUUAUUGAGAAGGAGAGGGAAUUGUUGUUGAAAAAGUUGGAGGAGAAUGUGGAGAAGUUGAGUGUUUCGGAGAGACGUGUGGCCGAACUCGAGAAGGAAGUCGUUGCGAAAGAGGAGUCGGUUGUGAGGUCGCGUAAGGCGGUAGAGGAGUUACAACUGGUGGUGACUGAGAGUCGAGGGGAGGUCGAGAAGGCGGAGAAGGUGAAAGUCGAGUUGAAGAGUAAGGUAAAGGCAUUGGAAGAGAGAGUUGGUGAGUUGGUGAAGGAAUUGGAAGCGGUCAAGAAGGCGGUUCAGGAGAAUGUGGAGGAGAGGGAUUUGAAUGUGAAUGGGAUUGAGAAUGUGGGGGAUGAUAAUGAGGGGAAGAUAGUGAUGGGAAUGAAAGUGCAUUGGCCGGUGAUUGCAGCGAGUGCUGGUGCUGUUGUGAUGGUGGUACUCGUGUAUUUCCGUCAUGCCAAAUCUUGAAUGGAAGCGAAACUGCAGGUGAGUGGUUAUGAGUAAGGUUGGAAUAUUAUGUUUUGUUAUAGGUUUUUUGAGUUUCGAUUUUUUGUGUUGAAUGUUGAUCACGUUGAACCAUAUGUAUAAUGGUUCUUUGAAACGAUAGCUGUUGGAUUUACUACUUAAGGGGGCAUGUUUUAAUAUUCAAAUGUCCAAUAAGAAUAGUGUUGCUUAUGUUUUGAAGCAGUGUAAUACUUUUUUGGUUUA